UAUCCUAGACAGAUAAAAUCAGUUGUUGGUCAGCUAGCUAACUAGUAACACGUGCAGGAUAUUUACUCCAAAACAAAUCAACUUUAAAUCAUAUAAAACCAGUUUUUUCUGUUGAUUUAUGUUUGGUUCGCGCAUUGUUGUUUUUAUAGAUGCGAAAUUGUGCGUAAAUCGUGAACAGCAUCAGCUUCAACAGGUUUUCUGUCAACAUGAAGUCCACAGUCAUUCAGUUCGAGACGAUUCCAUUGCUGGAGGAUUCAAACCAAACAAACAACAUCGACAUGUUGUACAAAAAGAUCGAAGAAGAGGAUACUUCCGACAAGAUGUCGUUGGAAAACUACCAGAAUACUGAGAUACCGCUAAACCUAGAUCUUUAUACAUCUCAUAUACAUCUCAAGGGACAGGACAGGACUUCUUACAAGAAAUCAGAGAAGAAAACGAACACUAUUGACGAUGUUGAAAAGGGUAAUUUACCACCCUCUAAAACUGAACAUGUAACCUUAAAUUUUCAAGAAAAAAGUUCGUUCUUCCAGAAGGAUGAUCUUAAACGUAUUAGGGAAUUAAAUGUGAGGAAAAAAGUAGAAGAAAAACAAAGAAAGUAUGCUGAUGAGAAGCUGGAUCGACUUCAGAAGAUUUACAUGAUUGUUCUCAUCCUUCUCACCGUUCUCAUGGUCGUAGGGAUGAUUUAUUUUCAUCCCUUGAACCUCUACUGGUAUCAGUUAAGCGUAGUAUUCUGUGUGUUCCUGCUCGCCAUGGUGAUAAAUAGUGUCUGGAUAGUUUCUGUGCAUGCUCACGACCGAAAAUAUAGGACGGGAGAUGAAAAGUGGAUUCCUUUAAGCCAACCUAAAUCCAGUGAAUCCAGAAACAAGAUUUUAGAGGUGGAGGAAACCCAAGAAACACAUCCUCUUCUAAAAGGAAACUCAGAAACAACCAGUAAACCUAUAGACAUUAAAUCCGGCGCCGAGCAUUCCAAAUUGUCGAUCUCAAAGUCUCCAAUAGAGCGUGAUUUGUACACAGCUGUGCGACGUAUUGAACCUUAACCAAGUUUAUCCGAACUUUGAAGAUUAAGAAUGUUUAAAAAUUAUUAUGACACGAGCUUUCACUCUUCUAGCAUUAAAAAAAAAAUAAAAAUUACUGACAUUA